UAUAUUCAAUGUUUUAUACAGAUAUUAUUACUGUGUAUAAUGCGUGAAUGGUAAACUAAACAAAUUAAAAGUAUCCCAUUUAUUAGAGGUUUUGUGAUAUCUGUUUUAUUAGGAGUUUGCUGAAAAGGAAAUGGCCAUGGGUGACCCAGGCAAUACUGGAAUGCAAGCUCUUAUUCCACUUGUGAAUAAAUUACAGGAUGCAUUUGCUCACACAGGCUCAAGCUUGAAUAUCGAUCUUCCACAAAUUGCUGUCGUUGGUGGUCAGAGUGCUGGGAAAAGUAGUGUUUUGGAAAAUUUUGUUGGAAAAGAUUUUCUUCCUCGUGGAUCUGGAAUUGUUACUAGACGUCCACUCGUUCUUCAAUUAAUUACUUCAAGAACAGGAGAAUGGGGUGAAUUUUUACAUUGCAAAGGAAAAAAGUUUACCGACUUUAACGCAAUAAGAAAGGAAAUUGAGGAUGAAACUGACAGAAUGACUGGAAAAAAUAAAGGAAUCAGUCCCAUUCCCAUCAAUCUGAGAGUUCAUUCACCUAGAGUGUUGAAUCUCACAUUGGUUGAUUUACCUGGAAUGACAAAAGUACCUGUUGGAGAUCAGCCUGCAGAUAUUGAAACACAAAUCAGAGAAAUGAUAACACAGUUUGUUGUUAAAGAAAACUGUCUAAUUCUUGCAGUCUCACCUGCUAAUGCUGAUCUUGCAAAUUCUGAUGCUUUGAAAAUCGCAAAAGAAUUUGACCCUCAAGGAACUAGAACAAUCGGUGUCAUCACGAAACUUGACCUAAUGGACGAGGGAACAGAUGCUAAAGAUAUUCUGGAGAAUAGGUUACUACCACUUCGAAGAGGUUACGUUGGUGUUGUGAACAGAAGUCAGAAAGACAUCGAUGGAAACAAAGAUAUAAAAGCUGCACUUGCUGCCGAAAGAAGAUUUUUUCUGAGUCAUCCUUCAUACAGACAUAUGGCUGAUAGAAUGGGAACUCCCUAUUUACAGAAGGUUUUAAAUCAGCAACUGACCAACCACAUCAAAGAUACUUUACCAGAACUCAGAAAUAAACUUCAAAAACAAAUGUUAGAUAUUGAAAAAGAAGUGGAAGAGUAUAAAAACUUUCAACCAGAUGAUCCUUCACGAAAAACCAAAGCAAUGUUACAAAUGGUUCAACAAUUCAGUUCACAAUUUGAAGAAAGAAUUGAGGGUAGCGGUAGUCAAAUUGAUAUGAAAGAAUUAUCAGGAGGAGCAAAAAUCAAUCGUGUGUUCCAUGAAAGAUUUCCAUACGAACUUGUCAAGAUGGAGUGUGAUGAAACAACACUAAGAAAAGAGAUAGCUUACGCCAUUCGAAAUAUUUACGGUAUCCGGUCUGGUUUGUUCACACCUGACAUGGCAUUCGAAGCAAUUGUGAAAAGACAGAUCGAGAAACUGAAAGCUCCCUCAUUGAAAUGUGUGGAUCUCGUUACAACUGAAUUGAUAAAUGUUGUCAGACAGUGUAGUGAAAAGAUGGGAAGAUAUCCUGUUCUCAGAGAAGAAACUGACAGAAUUGUGAGCACUCAUGUAAGAGAAAGAGAAGCAAAAUCAAAAGACCAGGUUUCAAUGCUCAUCAAUUGUGAAUUAUCAUACAUAAACACUAACCAUGAGGAUUUUAUUGGAUUUGCCAAUGCUUCUCAACGCGGAGUUGACAGAGGAACAAAGCAGAAAAGUGUUGGGAAUCAGGUUGUUAGAAAAGGAUGGUUGAGCUUACAUAAUGUCAGCUUCAUGAAGGGAGGUUCCAAAGAUUUUUGGUUUGUUCUGACGGCUGAAUCUGUCUCCUGGUACAAGGAUGAAGAGGAAAAAGACAAAAAAUACAUGUUACCACUUGAUAACAUCAAACUUCGUGAUUUGGAAAAAGGCUUCAUGUCAAGUAAACAUGGAUUUGCUUUGUUCAACACUGAAUCAAGAAAUGUUUACAGAGAUCAUAGACAGCUAGAAUUAUCGGCUGAAAAUCAAGAGGAAGUCGACAGUUGGAAAGCUUCAUUUCUGAGAGCUGGAGUUUAUCCUGAGCGAGUUACAGAAAAGAAAGAGGGUGCUAAAAAGGACGGAUCUGAGGAGGAAGUAGUUCAAGAAUUGUCAUCAUCUGUGGAUCCUCAAUUGGAAAGAAAGGUUGAAACUAUUCGAAACCUUGUCGACAGCUACAUGGCUAUCGUUAGUAAAACCAUUCGUGAUCUGGUCCCUAAGAUCAUCAUGUCUAUUAUGAUAAAUCAGACAAAAGAGUUCAUUACUUCAGAAGUACUGGCCCAUCUCUAUCAGUCUGGUAACCAGAACACAAUGAUGGAAGAAUCUGCAGAGGAAAGUGAAAGGCGUGACACUAUGCUAAGAAUGUAUCAUAGCUUGAAAGAAGCGUUACAAAUCAUGGGAGAUAUAAAUAUGAAGACUGUAGCUACCUCGUUACCACCCCCAGUUGACAAUUCAUGGAUUCAUGAAGAGGCAGCAAAUGGAGGAACAAAUGGACCUAGUCACUCUACUAGACCAAGUGUCAGAGGACCAAGCCCAGUUAUGGGAAGACGCCCACCUCCUAGGCCGUCAAAUAGUCGAAUGGCACCAGGACCUCCUGGUCCAGGAGCUCUACCCUCAUAUAAUGCUCCACCUAUUCCAUCUCGGCCAGGAAGCGUUCGUCCGCCACCUUCUAUACCAAGGCGACCAGCACCUGGAUUGAAACCUCCCAAUCUGCCAGCACGUCCAGGAUAUUAGUUGUCAUCUCAAUGUGAUCAAAGAUAAUGGACAGAUCAUGAACCGUUUUAUCAAGUGUGAUAAAUCAAGUCAAGCAAUAGAGAAUGAUUUUCAUUGAUUCAUGUAGUUUGGAUGUUUUCUUUCUCUUUUCACUCGAUAAUUCACUUUAUUUCAAAUAUUAUAAGCUCAUAAUAGAAACAAAAAUUUCAGCAAAUAUCUGGCUGAAGGAUACCGCUGGUGGUGGUUAUGUUUGACUUGUUACUGAAUAUUUUUUAUCGUUGUCGAAUGUUUUUGGCACCGGAUAUUCUUUAGAAAAAUUUUCAAAAGAGCUUUGCCAAUAGCACUCGCUCCACUAUGAAACCAAAUACCAUAACUUAUAUGAUUAAAAGUAGAGUAAUCACUGAUAUGUUGAUAGUACAUAAUUGCGUAAUCCCAUUAAUAUUUAUCAUAUUCUAGUAAGUGUCGUUCCUAUACAUACAUGGAUCAUCACUCAGUUUUCAAGUGCAUGUGUAACAAAUGACAUAUUCGGUAUAUGGAAUUGUUAUUUAAUUUUAAGUAUGCAAAUUGUUAGUAUUAAUUCAGUUUUCUACAUGUAUAGUCAAUCCCACACAUUUAAAGGAAUUCCUAGCAAUGGAGGUUUUAUGAGGUGAUGGUUUUAAUCGAAACCUAAAUAAGUGGUUGUGUAAGUUAUGUUUUGUAGCAUCCAACCAAAGUAUCAAUUGAAAGUUACAAUUACAAAGUAUACUUUUCUCUACUUAAUCGAUUUUUUGUGAAUGAAUAAACUGUCUGAAUAAUAAUAAAGGCAACAUAACUUGGACCCAACUUGUAGAACAUCCGAAUUUAAUAAUUUUUUUGUGUGGAUUUUCAUUAUAACACAUUAAUCAAUGAACUCCCUGCAAUAUUCCCCUAUUAUUAUUAUGUUAUUAUUGUCCUUGUGAUUGUUUUUCGUAGUACAGUUAUGUAUAGCUAUGUGGCUCCGCUCUAUUUUUUAUUGGCGAAUAUUCUCCAGUAUAUGUUAUCAUUUGUAAAAUAGGGAUUGUGAUUCUCAUAUUUUCAAUAUGAAUAAUAUUUGAUUCUUGAAUUUGGAGAUAUGCGAAGUUUGUAUUUGUAUUGGAUUCUGAUGAGGAAAAUCAUUCUGAUGUGAUCAUAUAUGUGAACAUAAAAUUUUGGACAUCACACAUUCUGUAACUAACAUAUCGAUAAGCAGCUACUGUGCAAGAUACCAAGCUGAAUGUCUUUGUCAUUUCUCAUUACUGCUUAUGGUGUAUUUAACUAAGCACUUCAGCAAUGGUUGGGCAUCCAUUCGAUGUGGCCGUUGUUUAAAUACGCUUGAAUGUAUUUUGUGUAUUUAAUUUAUUAUUGCUUGUAUUCAAGACUGCUUUCUUAUAUUGUGCUGAAAUUUAGUUCACUUAUUCUGGUCAUGAGACUGUUUGCUAUGUGAAAGCAAUUUUUUUUUGCUGCACUAUAGAUAUCUUAUUCAAUACAUCCCAAAUUAUUUACAAUA